AAUUGUUAGAGGAGACUGGAGAAGGACACAGCGCAGGUCUUAUCAAAACCAACCCAUCUCUCUCUCUCUCUCUCUCUUCCCUCCCGGCCCCCGCCUCCCCGCCUUCUGACAUUCUAAGCCGAUUCGUUUCUCUCUCUUUCUCUUCUUAUAAAAACCCCAUCACGACCCGUUGAAUUGCAUCAUCACAAUUCCAACAACCACCGCCGAGCCGCUCCGGAUGGACGACCACAGAGACCCGUGGCGGCCGGAGCCUCCCCUUCCGGCCGCUGCCCUCCGGCCGCCGGAGGCCCCCCGCGACCCAAUGGAGUUUCUCUCCCGCUCCUGGAGCGCCUCCGCCUUAGAAGUCUCCAAGGCUCUCGCACCCCCGCUCCCACCGGCGCCCACCGGCGUCGCGAUGGCGAUCCCGGAGGACGCCGCCGGCGAGCUGGAGGAGGCUGCCGUCGCUGGGAACACCUUCUCUUUCGCUUCCUCUGCUACAUCGCAGCUCGUCAUGGAGAGGAUAAUGUCGCAGUCGCAGGAAGUGUCACCGCUCACAUCUGGGCGUUUGUCCCACAGCAGCGGUCCUUUGAACGGUGGCCAGAGCGGCGGAUCUCUCUCCGAUAGCCCUCCCGUCUCCCCAUCCGAAAUCGACGACGUCAAGUUUUGCCGCACCAGCAACACGCCAAAACCUCAACCAUAUAGAGGCGGCAGCAAGACGGUGGGGAGGUGGCUCAAGGAUAGGAGGGAGAAGAAGAAAGAGGAGACCCGGGCCCAGAAUGCCCAGCUCCAUGCUGCAGUCUCGGUGGCCGGUGUUGCUGCUGCGGUCGCGGCGGUCGCAGCCGCCACUGCUGCAGCCUCGGGGUCGGGCAAGGAUGACCGUGCCGCCAGGACCGAUAUGGCAGUUGCUUCUGCCGCGACCCUUGUAGCUGCACAGUGUGUUGAAGCUGCUGAGUCCAUGGGGGCCGAGCGCGAACACCUGGCAUCGGUAGUUGGUUCUGCUGUUAAUGUUAGGACCCCUGGGGAUAUCAUCACUCUGACUGCAGCUGCUGCCACUGCACUGCGAGGGGCGGCAACAUUAAAGGCUAGAGCACUUAAAGAGGUGUGGAACAUAGCAGCGGUCAUCCCGGUGGAGAAGGGAGGGAUGGGAGGCCACCACAAUCAUCGCCAUAAUAAGCAACAGAAGGAAUUGGAUAGCAAUGGGAGCAGUUUCAGUGAUGAGCUCGUACCGGAGGAGGAGAACUUCCUAGGUCUCUGUAGUCAGGAACUUCUUGCCCGAGGGACCGAGCUUCUCAAACGCACCCGGAAAGGUGCACUUCAUUGGAAGGUCGUCUCAGUUUACAUCAAUCGGAUGGGUCAGGUAACGCUUAAGAUGAAAAGCAAGCAUGUUGCUGGAACUAUCACUAAGAAGAAGAAGUGUGUGGUUAUAGAGGUUUGCAAGGAUAUCCAAGCAUGGCCCGGCCGACACUUGCUGGAAGGUGGAGAGCAGCGGCGCUACUUUGGGCUGAAGACGGCGGAGCGCCGGGUCAUAGAGUUUGAAUGCAGGAGCCAGAGGGAGUAUGAGAUGUGGACGCAAGGAGUAUCGAGGCUCCUCAACAUUGUCGGUGAGAGGAAGCACCUCGCCUAACAAGAAGAGCUGCCGACAUGCCAGCCAAAUUAUCAGUCAUGGCUAGCUGUGGAGCCCAAUGAUCAGGUGCAUGACCCACCUGAACUUAAUGGCUUGGCAAGAAUGUUUGUAAUCAAAGAUAUGUGUGAAGUGGGUUCCAUCUUCCAUUGUACAAAAGGAAAAGAGAAGUUGAUCAAAUCAACCAGAGGGGUUUGCUCUUUGAUUUUA